GGUGCAUGCAAAUAGCCCCCAAGAAUUGAUUGCUGCCUUGCCAGGGCCAGGGGAAUGUGUUAGGAACGGCGGGCUUCAUGGAAGCAGAGCGCGACAGGAGGCCCAUCAGGCUAGUAAACUUCGUCUCCGAGGAGCAGUUGGAUGAAGCCAGAAAGACCCGAGGAGAGCGUGUCGAAGAUGGCACGGCGCAGAGAGACCGACCAUUGUACGAGAUCUUACGAGAGAAUAAAGAAAAGAAAGAUGCAGAAUUUAAUGAAAGAUUCAAGCAUAGACCUCCCAAAGCUCUGGAUGAGGAUGAGAUAGAAUUUUUAGAGAAACUGGAGAUGUCUAGAAAGGAGUAUGAGCAGCAAAUAGCAGAUGAUGAUGCCAAGCAGCUUCGCUCUUUCCAAGAAGCAGUAGCAAGUCGAGCCUCCAUAGUUCACAAGCUUAAGGAGAAUCCUACUGUACGAAAAGCUGCAGAGAGCGGACAUGCAUUGAAGAGGAGCAUGAAUAAGAGGCCCGGAAAUUUCAUCAUGUCGGUUAAGCCCCAAGCAAAGAAAGCUAAAAUAGAAACCACUGCAAGUGGUUCUGAGAAAUUCGAAGAUUUAAUAAUUCCAUCUGAAGGCUCUACUGAGGAGAAGUUGCCAUUGGAUAAUCUUCCUGUGAGCACACUCGGGAGUUUGGUAUCCUACAGUGAUGAAAGUGACGACGAUUGAUUCAUGUAUUCUGCAGCAUAUUGUAAUUUAAUGGUAGGUGAAGUUUUUUUUUUGUAUUCUCAUUUUAAUGUUUAGCAAUCAGUUUGUGUGGCAAUCAGUUUGUGUGGCUUUAAGAAGUUUUGUCAACCUAGUUUCCACCAUCUUCACGCUGCAUAAUUGUGUGCAAAAUGUACAAAAAAUGACAGAUUAAAAGAUAGGGACUACGGGCAAAUGCAUUUCUAGGUAUUCUGAGUAUAAACUAAAUAAUAUCACUAUAAUUUUAAUGUGUAAAUAUGCAAUGAAAA